GCAUUCUUCAAUCCAAAAAAAAAAAACGAAGCAGAUCUAAUUAUUUUGUAUUAUACUUAUCUGUUUUAUUAUCUGUACUGAAAUUGCUGUACAUAUUAUAUACUAAAAAUAUGAAAGAAUCUAUGGGAAGGGAGAGAACAAGGAAAAGGAGAGGGAGAGAGACAGAAAUGGCAGAGAAGAGGAGGGUUUGUGUGACCGGAGCUGGAGGCUUUGUAGCUUCCUGGCUUGUGAAGCUCCUGCUCUCCAAGGGUUACUUUGUCCAUGGAACCGUCAGAGAUCCAAGCAAUGAAAAGAACGCACAUUUGAAGAAGCUAGAGAAUUCCUCAGAGAAUCUGCAACUCUUUAGUGCAGAGUUGCAUGACUUCAAUGCUAUUGCAGCAGCAAUUGCAGGUUGUAAAGGAGUUUUCCAUGUCGCUAGUCCUGUGAUUUUUACUGAAGUCUCCAAUCCCGAGGUGGAAAUAAUAAGGCCUGCUCUUGAGUACACUAAAAAUGUACUCAAUGCGUGCUCUGAAACUAAAGUGAAAAGAGUUGUGCUGGUUUCUUCUGCCGAUUCUGUAGUUAUUAAUCCAAAUUGGCCCAAGGGGACGGUAAUGGAUGAGAAUUCCUGGACAGAUGAGGAGUUAUGCAGAAAAAAUCAGAGCUGGUAUUGCCUUUCCAAAGUAUUAGCAGAGAGGACCGCUUUAGAUUAUGGACAGAAGCAUGGACUUGAUGUAGUUACCGUUUGCCCUAGCACAGUGUUGGGGCCGCUGCUGCAAUCAACCGUUAACUUCAGCAGCUUAUUUUUCAUUAACAUUUUGAAAGGCUCCAUCGAUUCUUUACUGAAUCAUCGAAGCUGGCAUUUUGUUGAUGUUAGAGAUUUAGCUGAUGCACUUCUUCUGUUGUAUGAGAAGCCUGAUGCAUCUGGUCGUUAUAUUUGCACGCAAGAACCAAUUCGAAUUCCUGACUUUAUGGAAUUGCUGAAAAACAUGUAUCCUUAUUUCGAGUCCCCAACAAGUCUCCCUGAGCUAGAUGAAGACUCCGAAAUGACUUCAGAGAAGUUGAAAAAAAUUGGAUGGAGGUGCAGAGAACUGAAAGAGACAAUUUCUGAUACUGUCAAAUAUUAUGAAGAGGCUGGUCUUUUAAGAAUGGACAUGAAGAUCGUGGAAUAGUUAUGACUUAACAAUCUUAAUGUGCUUUCAGCUAUGUGCUGUUCUCAUUUCUUUUCUUUUUUUUUUUGUAUGAAGGUCUGAGUGUUGAAAUUUUGUUAUAUUUUUCCUUGUUGUAUUAUUAUGAAUAUCUAACUUGAAAAUCAAGUAGAUUUGGGGUUCUGUUCGAGGUAUCGUUUUCAUAGUAUUACAUUCAUGUGGAAUCCAAUAUGAUGAUGCAUGAAUUGGUUUACCAAACUUAUGUCAUAGGUGAUACAUUGUCUCAAAAUUUUGUAAUUUCCCGCAAGAUGUUUGUAACUUUCCUAUUGUCUUAGCACUUGAUCUUGAUAUUGGUGUAA